AUGUAUUUUCUGGAGCAAAAACUUACAGCUGCUUUGCGGCUGCUUGUGUAUGGGGCAUCUACAAACCAGGUGGAUGAGAUUGCUAGGAUAAGGAAAUCAACUAUCCUAGAGUGCUUGGUUAGAUUCUGUGAUGCAAUAGAAAAUCUCUACACGAGGGAGUACCUCUGCAAACCUACGCCUAGUGACCUCCAAAGGCUUCUACGAAAAGCCGAGGCUCAAGGUUUCCCAAGCAUGAUUGGAAAUAUCUACUGCAUGCACUGGCAGUGGAAGAAUUGA